AUGAAAUUAGUGAAACCGCCUCUCUAGGUUAAGGAAAAAUAAUGGGACAAUCGUUUUUAUUUGGGAAAGCUGAGUGAUCACGAAAUUAAGAAAUAGUUUAUGAUUAAGAAGAAAUCUGUAAGAAGACCAACAUCAACGAAUAAAAUUGUAGUAGAUGAAAAACCGCAAGCAAUACGACUUUAUGAAUUAUAAUUAUUGUGGGAAUAAUUCCGUAUUCCUCAAUUUCAUAGGGCAUACUUUCUUCAAUAUAAUGAAAAAGAUCUUGAUGCUAUUUUAAGGGAAACAGCUGAAAUAAAGAUAAAGUAAUCCAUAGUACAAAAGUUAAUGAGUCUAAUUAAAGGUAGGGAGAGAUGCUUAAACUAUUUAAAAACUGAAACAUUUGAGGAACAUAAAUUCUCAGAGCUUUUAUUUCAUCUUCGAAUUUUAACAGUCAAUGUUAUUGAGCAAUUUAAAAAAUGGAGAGAUUCCCUCAAUAGAUGUGUUAGGUGGAGAAUAGACGAAAUCGAUUAUCUCGUUAAAUUAAGAACAGACAUUGAUUUUCUAAAAGAAUACUAUUAAGAUUACUAGAGAGACCCAUUUAUGUUGUGGUUGUAUAAAUUAGGUAAGUUUGACGCAGUGCAUUCGAAUUAUCAUUAACUAUAGAAAGACAUGAUGAAAAGAAUUCGUGAUUGUGAAAUUUUACUCAUAGAGAAUGAUUACUUUGACAUGUAAACCAACAUUUUAUCAAGAAAAGAAGCCUAACUGAUAAAUAAAUAUCUAAGAGAAUCUACAAUUCAAAUGGAAGAUUAACUAAAAAGUUAAGAGUUAAAACCUUUUAGUCCCAACAUUAAAUAGACUAAAACAGUUUAAAUUUAGGAUAAUCUGACUAUAGUUCCAUAAAUUGUUAGAAAUAAAGAUUAAUUCAUCAAUCUAUUGAAUCAAGUUAAAAAUGAUAGCGAUAUUGAGAGUUCAUUUCCGAUGAGAGACAAUUUGUUUGAAAUAAUUGAUUUUCAGGAUUGUCAUAUUUUAGCAUUUAUGUAGCAUUAAAAAAUUAAAGGCAUUUGCAUUAGUUAAAGCGAUUAGUCUGAAUAAUAUCGUAAAGUCAUUAUAGAAUAAAUUAAAUUGGAAAGUUUGCAGCUGUUUCCUCAAUUCAUCUAAUAAUUAACCAAUUAUUUAAUUGGAAAUGAAAUAACAAUCAAAUUGGUUCAUUAUAUGUAGAAUGAAAAACUAAUUGACUGUGAGUAUUUAAAAGUUGCAUUAAAAUAAGAAGGAUUCAGAUGGAAGUAGUAGACAAAUGAUUGUGAAAGAAAUAUCAGAUAUACAAUUUACUAUAAGAAGAAGGAAUAUCAAAACCAAAUAAUGAAUCAGUUUAAAUUUAAUUUUCAUGUUCAUAGUACAAAAUUAAAUUAAUUGAUGCAAUUGGUUUAUAAUAAUAUCCAUGAAAGCACUGAUAUAGCUUAAAAAUUUAAACGUUAUGCUGAUUCAAGGAAAUUUGAACAUAAUCCCCCUCAAAUAAAAUUGAAACCACACGUCUGUGAUGACAGAAUAAUUUUAUUGGAUCUAAAAAUUAAAUUACCAGCUUUUAAAACAGAAGUUAGAAAUGAAUAUAAAUAUUACAGAAUUAUUUAAGAACCUGAAAUAAGUAAUAUUUCUUUUAUAGAAAUAGAUGGAUAAAUUAUAUAUGCCUUAUCCUUAUUGGACAAUGAUUAUAAUAUCCUUAUUUCUAAAGAUCAAAUCAACCAUGAAACAAUUUAAAUAUCCUAAUUUUAACCAACAUAGGAAGAUCUCUCAAUUCCAAUGUUUUGUUAUAAUGAUGAAAUAGCAGACAUUUUUAAUCAUCACAUCAAAUUGCAAUUUGAACACUUCAUGGUAAUCAAUAGGAAGCCUAACACUCAACAGUAAUCAAUUGAAAUUAAGCCUGAAACCUUUUAUUUUUCCAUACUAUACGAAGGACAUAUAAUAAACUCAUUUAAGAUUCAGCAUCAUCAUCUGAUAAAAUUUAAGCCAUUUAAGUCGUAACUCAAGAUAAGUGAGGAUGUCAAUAUUGAUACAUCUAAAUUUAUCUUACCUUGCUUCCCAUUAAUUUAGAAAACUCUUGAAUCUGAGCCACUUAAAGUCAUUAUUAAGAAUUAUGAAUGUAUAUGUGCAUUAGACAAUUAUGCGAGUGCUAGAAAAUGGGUGAUUUAUACAAUUGUCGGAUGCCAAGAGAGUCAAUUCAAGGAUGUGCUUGAAUCCUUAAUAACUUAAUUGACCAUAAUUGACCCGAAUAUUUAAGAAGUUGGUAUUGAUUUUUAUCAUGAGAUGGUGAAUGGAGAAUAUACUGUUAAUAAAAAUGUUUAGAAGCAACUUACAUCGCUUGGAUUCAAGUGGAAAAUAUAGAUAAAUGAAGCCAAUGAACACACAAGAUUUACUAAAUAUUUAUUAAAAUUACAGAGAGAAACACAAGUUGUUGACAAUCUAGUGGUUCAAUAUUUUUGUACCCAAGACUUCGCAGAUGUCAACGUUUAGCCAUUAAUUCAAUAGUUUUCAAUAUUUUAUUAAACUUUGACUCAAUCUCAAUUAGUUGUAAAGAGGAACAAUUUAAUUCCUUUUUCAAAAUAUUAUAAUAAGGAUAUUCCUCCUGAAUUAUAGACUGAUUAAAUGUUAGAAACUAGAAUUUCAUAAAUUUUAUAAAAUUGCAAGUACGGAACCAAGAAUAACAUUGAUUACAUCAUUUUUAAUGUAAGUGUAACUAUUAAUAUGAAGAACUAAGUUAUUACGAGUAAUAAGCAUCCUGAGUUGGGGACUAUUUACUUUAUUUAACUCUUUGACAUCGUCCUAUGUUUCUAUCAAUUGGAGAAAGAGAUUAAUACAGAACGCAUAGCCAGUUUGAUUUAAUAAUCUACAAGUGAUGAGAAUGAAUAAUAGGGAAGCUUAGGUGUUGAAUUCAGUCAAUACAGCAAAGCGGGUAGCAACUACUCUAUGGAGAUAAACUUAACUAUGGAGAAGCGCAUCGCCAUAGAGAUGUAGGAUUUUAAGACUAUAUCGAAACCUUACUUUAUUGGCUUAAUUGAGCCUAAUUGGUAUGAGAAACAUAAUUAGAUGAUAGCAUCUAUGAUAAUUUUAUGA